UCAAACAGACAAGUGCGCCUGAAUGUGUCGAUAUGUUAAGUUCCCCCGCACGGCUCCUCUUGAAGAGGAGAGAAAGCGGGGAAAGGAGACCGAAACACAUAUCAGUGCGUUCAAUCCAAUGUGAAGAACAAUAAAAUGCCAUCGUUCCGUUCUGGACGUUCUGGCAAAACGGAGAUAGAUUUACUGCAGCUCCUCCACCUUUUUGAAGUAUCUGUUUAGCAGAUUGUUGCAUUGAUUUCUGGGAAGACAGAUGGUUACGUGUGUGUGCUCCGAGACGACCGGAGGAAUGAGCGAUCGUUCAGCUCGGUAGAUCAAAUCCAGCGCGCCGGUGUCAUUCGGUUUCAUUUGUAAUGUGCGUGGGCACAUACAUUCUCAAACACAUAUUUUCAAAUAGCUACCUUUUCUCUUUUGGAUGAAGUUGAAAGUAACCGAAAAAGAACUUGAAAUGUUUGAGCUUAGUACCGUUUAAUUCUGUCUGCCAACGUGAUGAGGCCGGCCCCGAUGGAUCUCGUUUAGCCUCUAGUUGUCACCAUCAAAGAGGUGAUUCGAGGGGAAGAGAUUUAUAAUCUGUUUUUAUGCAACAGCGUUAAAACUUUUAUAUCGUAUCUGUAGUGGACAUAAAAAUCGAAAUGGGUGUUAAAUGUUUACUAUAACAUAGAAAAGCUGCCAACAGGGAAUGGGUUAAUCUAGCGAUUGUUGGUGCUUGUUCUAUGAACCGACAGCGAUACAUGGUUGUUUCUAUUCUUCUGGCAACUGUACUUGUUCGCCAACACUAACCCUACACUGACACAGCCCCAAGAUCAUUAUUGACUGUGAUUGACAUGUCAGGAGUGUGCAUUUCGUUGAUGAGACUUUUACGGCCCUGGUGAUCGUGACCUCCCACUGAGUAGGGUACACGUCACCUCAGAGCUAUCCCAGGGGGACCGGCCCCAAAUACCCCAGCCUGUGUCUCCAGCUUGGGCCACACUCGUCCAAACUGCCCCCAGGAGCCAUAGGUCUGCACUGGACUCGAGCUCAACCCAAAGUGGUCUCCGGUCUCCGCUUCACCAGAGGUUCACCAGCAAAGAGCUCCACGCAUCUCAAAGAGGUCUGGACAUGAGGCUUCUGGGACUGCUGGCUGUGGUCCUCCUGCUGGAGGUCUCCUGCUGUCAGAGCAACCGGCCGACCAGACCCGGGGGCAAGCCGGCCAAGAAGACCGGGGCCCAGGGAGCCAGCGUCCCCCGGGCCCCCCCGGCUGAGGAGGACUCCCCCGCAGCGCCUGGAGGAGGAGGGGCCGAGGGGCCAGUGGAGGCAGCCACCGAGGCCCAGCCGGGAGGUCCUGUGGUGGGGCAGCAGGCUGAGGCUAUGAGGCUGCAGUACCUCAGGAACCCCCAGGUCACGUGCAACGACGGCAGCGCCGCCGGCUUUUACUUGAAGGAAUUCCGAGGGAGCCGUAAAUGGCUGCUAUUUCUGGAAGGCGGUUGGUGCUGCUAUAACAAAGAGACCUGUGAUUCCCGCUACCAGAAUAUCCCGCGUCUCAUGAGCUCAUCGGCCUGGCCCCAGAGCAGGAGAGGAAGCGGUAUCUUGUCCACCAGAGCUGAGGAAAACCCCCACUGGUACAACGCCAAUAUUGUGUUCAUCCCUUACUGCUCCAGCGAUGUGUGGAGCGGUAUCGGACCCAUCCCGACCACACCCCGGGCGCGCCACGGACGAGAGCGGGAGAAGGAGAGGAACACAACUGAAUACACCUUCAUGGGCUCCCUGAUCAUCCGUGAGGUCAUCAAAGACCUGAUCCCCAAGGGCAUCAAACAGGGCAAGGUCAUCAUGCUGGCCGGCACCAGCGCUGGAGGGACCGGCGUCCUGCUGAACAUCGACCGGGUGGCCGGUCAGCUGGAGGCGAUGGGGGCCGAGGCCCACGUGAGGGGCCUGGUCGACUCCGGCUGGUUCCUGGAGAGCCAACAGCAGCUGGCCCAGCCCUGCCCCGAGACUAUCUCCUGCUCGCCUGAAGACGCCAUCAAGAAGGGGCUCAGGAUGUGGAACGGAGUGGUGCCUGAUCGCUGCCGGCAGUCCUACAAGAGAGGGGAGGAGUGGCAGUGCUUCUUCGGCCACAAGCUGUACGCCACCUUGACCUCCCCCCUGUUCGUGGUGCAGUGGCUGUUUGACGAGGAGCAGCUCAGGGUGGAGAACAUCGUCCUGGGGGGCAGCCUCUCAGAGGUCCAGUGGACCUACCUGCAGAACCUCGGGCGAGAGCUGAAGAACUCCCUGAGGGACGUCACGGCUGUGUUCGCUCCCUCCUGCCUCUCCCACACUUUGAUCACCAAAAGUAACUGGAUUAACUUCCAGGUGAAAGGCACGUCUCUUCCCCGCGCGCUGCAGUGCUGGGACCGGAGCUUCCAGGACGCCAACCGCAACCGCACCCCCCCCCCCAGGGGCUGCCCCUUCCACCUGGUGGACACCUGCCAGCGGCCGCAGUGCAACCCCACCUGCCCCGCCCUGGUGCACCGGGCCACCCAGCAGGAGAUGACUCUGGUGCAGAUGCUGGUCGCCAUGGGCCUGGACAUCCAGAGGCUGGGCUUCGAGCCGCGCCGGGACCAGGCCGCCUCUCCGGCCGGCGCCAGCGCCAGCGCCAGCGCCAGCGGUGGCUAAAGCUAACAGUUAGGGCUACAGGAGGGGGAACGAAAGCUGCAGAGAUUAUCCCAGGCACAUACGGCUGGACGGAGGCGUUAGUGGGAAUUAUAUCGUAACCAUAGUGAUAAUACGGGAUCCCAGUUCUAUUUGUUGUGCUCUCCCCUCUGUGUUACCGACAUCGUGACUGAUGGUGGGUUUGGUAAAAGGUCUGACCGAUUUGGUGACCGAUGACCUCUACUGGCUCGGCAGGACAUUGCUUUGGUUCUAAAGGCAGAGGGGCAGUCUCGCCUGUUCCUCGCUGGAAUAGAGUUCACGCAGGUUUAGCUUUGAAGCACGACCGCAGCCUGAUCGAGUCUUUCGACCGUAGCUAGUUUAGUAAAACACCAUGAAAACGACUUAGUUGUCCUGAAAAAAAACUGUUGUCAUGACAAAGAACAUAAGUGUGGAAUCAAUUGAUCAACUUAAAACACAAAACGAACUAUCCCCUGAUUUAAAAGAAUGCACACUUAGACAUGUCUCAAAGUAAUAUGUAAUUUCAUUUCACAUGGAUGAAUAUGUCUGAAAUUGUAAUUGCCAUUGCUACUAUCGCCUACAGAAAGGUUUGUGCAGAUGGUCAGAUUUGACCAUUAUGCACCUCAGUAUUCGGUUUCGGUGUGCCCACUGGGCUGGGGUUAAAUAGUUAGUUAUUCGUGCUUAGCAGUGUUUAUAUUUGCUUUGAAGUAAUGGAUCUAUAAGCAAUCAUUUAUAGCCUAAUGAGGUAGACAUUGAACAUCUAUGAUAGUGAAUUCUUUAUUUUAACCAAGUUAAUGCUGUGAAGUUUUUGAGAGUGUUCAGCCAUCUUUGUUUCUUUUGUAGAAUUUAGAUUUUGAAGUUAGGAUUUCAAUUCAAACAUCUACCAAAUUGUAAUAGUUUAAAAAGUUGAAACGGGAAAUGUAUAUUUUUUCAAUCAUCCUCACAUUGUGAAAUCUAUAGGCUUGGCUUAAAUAGUCUUAUUUGACUUAUAUUGCAAAAAGCGCAUUGCAAGCCAAACUGAUGUCUAAUAAAAAAAUUAUAAAGAUA